CCCCAAAACCCGCACACCUCGCCGCCGCCGCCGCCGCCGUCUCCUCCAUCGCAGUCGCCGUAUCUCCCCUCUCCCCGGGAGCUGAAGCACCCGAGGAGGAGGAGACCAGGUUCUUGGCCAUGGUGGGCUGGCGGGUCGCGGGCGGCGCUCGUGCCGUUCUUCGCCGGCUCGGCGCGGCGGCGGAGGCAGCAGCGAAGCAGGAUGGCCGUGUGCUCACGGCCAGCUAUAGCAGCAGCAGCAGCGUGAAUGCUCCAUUUGGUUUGGGCCAAUAUGCAAACCUUCUGAGGGCACAAGCUUUUGCCUCCAGGGGAGUCCCAGUGAACUUCCAUCAGCUGAUUCGCAAUGCUGGAAUAUCAACCACAAGGAGCCUGCUUGCUGCAGAUGAUGCUAUGGUUCCUGUUUCUUCUCCUUUGACACCUCCAAUUGGUGAGGGAGAAGGAACUGACAAAAAGGGAGCGAUAGUUAAGCGGCUGAAGGUCCAGGCCAUCAAGAAGGAUAUCAAGCAGAGCCCCAAGAAGGUGAAUCUGGUAGCAAAGCUGGUUCGAGGAAUGCGUGUGGAAGAUGCCUUAUUGCAGUUGCAAGUGACAGUUAAAAGGGCUGCGAAAACUGUCUAUCAGGUGAUUCAUUCUGCUCGUGCCAAUGCAGCUCGCAAUCACGGACUGGAUCCUGAUAAACUUAUUGUCGAAGAGGCUUUUGUGGGGAAAGGACUUUACCUGAAGAGGUUGUCUUACCAUGCCAAAGGACGGUGUGGUGUCAUGGUGAGACCGAGGUGCAGACUUACGGUAGUGGUUCGAGAGGCUACUGCCGAGGAAGAGGCGAAGAUUGCAAAACUCAGAGUCAGCAACUAUAAGAAGCUGACCAGAAAGGAGAAGCAACUAAUGCCGCACCGUCUUAUCGAGGUUAGCCCAAGGUGGGCUCGCAAGAGGAAAGAGGAGGCUGGUGCUACUACGGCUUAGCAUGGAUUUUCAUUCGCAGGAUCUGUCUGCCGCGUGGGCAGGCCUAAGGGUAUAAGUGGGUUAGCCCACCAACCCACUUAUAGGCUAAUUAAGAGGCUCUUAUCUAUCUGCAAAAUUUACCCUAGAGCAAUUGUAGCUCUCACAAGAAUGAGUUCGACGUCUCAUUUGCUGGGCAAUUGCUCUGUUUGUUUCAUCUGUAUGAAAUUUGUCACAUGAAGCAUAGGACAUUGUGGUACUGACCACGAUUCUAGUUGCUAAGAAUAAUAGUAGCUCCGAUGUUUUUGCUGGCA